UCAAUACUAGGCGGAAGUGCAGCUAAGUGUUGCUGUUGUUUUGGGUUGAAACAUAAAGUUACUGUUUCUAUUUAUCGGACAUAAAUAAUCAAGGACAAUAAUUAUGGAAUAGUGCAGUGACUAUUUAUCUGACAUGGAUAAUCGAGGACAAUAAUUGGGAGUAGUGCAGUCAGUGACUAUGACCGUUAACGUGAGUUUCUUAGUAGGCUCGACGCCUUCAGGGAGUGAGUGCGGCGCACAGACAACACACCGAGAGAUUUAGAUUCUGACAACAUUUAUUUUGAAUUUCUUCAUGGAAACAACAGCAGAAUGAAGAACACUUUUAAAAGCAUGUUUUUAUUGCUGUUGUGCGGUGUGUUUGAUGCGGUGACGGGUGAACUGAAGACUCUCUCGGUGAUGGAGGGAGAUUCUGUCACUCUACACACUGAUCUUACUGAUAUACAGACCGAGGACAGGAUAGUCUGGACGUUUGCGGAUGAAGCCUCUACUGAUCUUCUAGUUGAAAUGUUGAUAGAUAACAUCUCAUAUGUUGAUGGGAGAUUCAGAGACAGAUUGCACAUAUCAGACCCUAAGGUUGGAGAUCUCACCAUCAAGAACAUGAGAAUCAAACACUCUGGAAUCUAUGAAGCAGAGAUCAUCACUGCCAAAGGAACGACAUACAAGACAUUCAGAGUCCUUGUCAGUGAAUCUCCUCGUGUUCUGGAUGCUGGCACAUGUGAGAUGAAGUCGGUGUUGAAAGAGGGCGAUUCAGUCACUCUACACACUGAUGUUCAAACGCACGGAGAUGAUCUGAUCGUGUGGAGGUUUGGAGAUGAUGGUGUUCUUCUAGCUAAAUGUGAUAAAGAGGACAAUAAGAGCUUUGUAAAUGAGGAUGAGAGAGUGAGCGGCAGACUUAAGUUGGAUGAUCAGACUGGAUCUCUCACCAUCUGUAACUUCAGAUUAUCAGACUUUGGACUCUAUAAACUGAAGAUCAGCAGUAACAACAGACAGACAUUGUUCAAGACAUUCAGUGUGUACGUCAGUGGUUCAUCUUCAGAGGAUUCAGAUGCUAUGGCUGUAAUAAUUAUUUCUCUUCUUUUUGUUGCUGCUGCUGCUUUAAUAAUUUACUGUUCCCGAAGGUCCUCUAAAGAAAUAGCAAGGGACAUUUUUCCACAUUUGAGAGAUCCUGUUACUUUAUGCACUGGUGUUACUGACAUAAAGACCGAUGAUGAGAUACUGUGGACAUUUGGACCUGAAGACACUCGUAUCGUUCGAAUCACCGGAGGGAUCAAUGAGCCUUCAUAUUAUUACUACACUGAUGGGAGAUUCAGAGACAGACUGAAGAUGGACAGUAAGACUGGAGAUCUCACCAUCACAAACACCACAACUCAACACAAUGGAGUUUAUCAAGUCCAGAUUUACAGCGGCGGAAAGAUCACAUACAAGGGAUAUAAGGUUACAACCUCUGACGCAGCAAGAAACAGAGGAAAUGAAUCACCAAAUGUUGACAGUCCUCUGUUGAAUAAAGCAGAUCCUCCUGUCCGGCCAGCUGAAUAGAUGCUCAACAUCACAAAGCAUCUGUUUACGUCAUCCACAUCCACAGUAACAAACCUACUUCAGUGUUUUCAUGAGAAUAAACUCCAUGUGUGCUGUUGAGCACCAGUGAUAGAAGCUUUUAAAGCUAAAGUUACAAGAUUUUGUUUAUAAAAGGCAAACAAACUUUCAUUUAUUUGCCGGGAUAUGUGAUGAUCAGCACAUCCCACAGAGCUUCGUGUUCAAGGCUGUUAAUCAGAAUUCUCCACCGCCGCAGAGGAAUGUAAAUAUCACUAACCCAACCCCUUUCAAGAGACUUAUUCUAUCUGUUUAUGUGUUUUCGUUGCCGUUGAUAUUGCAUAGCUGAAUAUCAUUCUUCAGUCAUUUGUUUUACGUAGACACCUUAUUAGAAACACAGAACAUUGUGCCUUUCAUCAGUCACCUUUAUGUUCUAUUCUCUGCACUUUACCUUUAAACCUUUCAACCGUUUCCUUUAGCAUUUUACUACCAUUUAGUAGUUGUUAUUUUUCUUGUGUGUCUUUUGUAUUUUAUUACAUCUGUGUCUUCCUUGUGUUGAUUAUAGUGUCGUGUGUAUGGCUCACUACAUUAUUUGGUGCCUGUGUGAAGAGACAUAUACAUUUAUAUAAAAAUGACCAAAAACAAGUUCAUAUUGAUGUUCACGUUCAGAACUGAGAUCACAUGAUAAUCUUUUUUUGUUGUUGUUGUGAAGAUUUUUGAAAUAAUCGAGAAACUACCGUUGUGUGAUGCCUGUUCUGUUUUCAU